GCUUAUCCACCUCUUCCCUAUUCCCUGCUCAAAUUCAUCAGUAUAUUACAAGAAAAUUAAAAAUGUUGUUACAGUAUUUAAGAGCCAAAAAAAAAUAUAAUAAAAAACUAAUCUGGAUAAAUCAUUCAUCUGUUUCGUUUUGAGUUUGAUCGUUACGCUCUCCAACUACCUCCAUUCACGGCAGCAUGCAAUGCAUGACCACCGUAACCGUAACCAUAUCCAGCCACCGUAACUGAACAACUGAACUCAACUAACUACCAUAACAUGGCGUUAACUUGGCCGCACCUACUGCAGUUUCAUUCUCAACCGCGCGCCAACUUCGUCUUCUUCUCCGAUCUCGCCGAAUUCCGCUCCCUCGAACCGCCAUGCCUCGAUUCCCUCAACCUCCUCCGCCGGAGCAAGAUCUUCGUCGCAUCUCCGCCGCUGCUGAAGCCGGUGAAGUGCAUCGGCAGCAGAUCCACGGAGGAGAAGCAGUGGAGUGAAGAAGCCGAGACCGCAGCAGCGUCUGACUCCGAUGAAGCUGCGGCGGAUGAUGCUAAUGGUCAGGUUCCGACCUCAACAACCGUUCCUGCAAGUGAAUGUGUUGAGUCUCAGAGAAUUGCAACCACUUCUUCCGGCGAUUCGCUCUCUCUCGGGAUUCGGGAACCGGUUUAUGAAGUUGUAGAAGUGAAAUCCAAUGGGACAGUAUCGACCAGGAAAAUCAACAGGAGACAAUUAUUGAAGUCUAGUGGUCUUCGUCCACGAGACAUACGAAGUGUGGAUCCGUCAUUGUUUUUGACAAAUUCAAUGCCUUCUUUACUGGUCCGUGAGUAUGCUAUACUUCUAAAUCUGGGUUCACUACGAGCAAUAGCAAUGCAAGAUUGUGUACUUAUAUUUGACUAUAAUCGUAAAGGAGGGCAAGCUUUUCUAGAGUCACUGCUGCCUCGGUUGAACCCCAAGAACAACAAUGGAGGUCCAUCAAUGCCAUUUGAACUCGAGGUUGUUGAAGCAGCAUUGCUUUCAAGAAUACAACGCUUGGAGCAGAGACUGGUGCGCUUAGAACCUCGUGUUCAAGCUCUUCUUGAGGCCUUGCCAAAUCGGAUAACUGGCGAUAUAUUGGAGCAACUUCGUACUAGCAAACAAACUUUGGUUGAGUUAGGUUCUAAGGCAGGAUCACUCAGACAGAUGCUGCUUGACCUUCUGGAGGACCCCGAUGAAAUACGCCGGAUAUGUAUCAUGGGAAGAAACUGCAUACUUAAUAGAGGAAACCAUAAUGUGGAAUGCUCACUGCCCUCAGAAAAGCAGAUUGCUGAGGCGGAGGAGGAGGAAAUUGAGAUGCUUCUGGAAAAUUAUCUUCAAAGAUGUGAAUCUUGUCAUGGUCAAGCUGAAAGACUUCUUGAUUCUGCCAGGGAAAUGGAAGAUUCUAUAGGUGUCAGUUUGAGCUCACGAAGGCUUGAGGUUAGCAGAGUGGAACUGCUUCUUCAGGUUGGAACAUUCUGUGUGGCAGUUGGUGCCCUCGUAGCAGGUAUAUUUGGCAUGAACCUGAAGUCCUAUCUUGAGGAGCAAGUGCUUGCAUUUUGGCUGACAACCGCUGGGAUAAUUAUUGGUGGUAUAAUUGCUUUUUUUCUUAUGUAUUCCUACCUCAGGGCAAGGAAAAUCUUCUGAUGAAACUUCAAAUUAGGGGAUGUUAAAUUAUGAAGUAAAGCAAGCACCCAACAGCUGCAGUGAUUGUCGAUGAGGAUUAAUCAUCCAAAAUUGAGUUCGGAAGUAUGCAUCAUAUUACUCACAUUAUUUGAGGGUGGUAGACAAUUCUUUAUUGCUUCAUGAGUUCAUAUGAUAGUCAUGAUAGAUUAUUAGCUAUCAUGAGAUUCCACAUUUGGUUGUAUUCUUUUGUGGGCGUUUGUGUGUGCUAAUUAUAGGGUCAAAGAUACAAUAUACAUAAGCAAUGCUUAAAGUAGGUAAUUCAAUGCAGAUAGCAAUAAACAUUUUUGUUUGUGGUAUAAUAUUACCAAACUAAUAUUUAGGGUGAUAAUGUAUGUCUGAAAUCAGUAAACACUUCCACCCACAAAAACAAUGAACACGUAUCUGGCUCCUUUUAUUAUCUGCUUAAGCCUA